GUUUGUACUUUGUACACGGGUAUGUGGGUCCCGGUUGGGGGGGGGGGGUCUGCAUAUAACAAUCCUUCCCCUGAACUCGUGACAAACUGACAGUUCAAGAUUACAGACACAUUUUGUAAGACUGUCUCUAAAACCAAAAAGCCAAAGUACUUUUAAACGUACACCAUCUACUACUGCUAGCCACAACGUUGAGAGCUUAAAAAGACGAGUUUCGCCAAGGAUGUCCUCUCCAUUCUCUUUGGGCCAUUCACGAGAUUACACCAUAGAAACUCGGGAACUUCUUGGCAAUAAAAAAGUGGUUAAAAAACUUUUUACACCUGGCCCUCUUGGGGUGAGUGUGGCAACUAAAGAAGCAAUGCUGCAAGACAUUGGCUCUAGGGAAAAGGAGUUUACAGAUACUGUGAAGUUGAUUAGACAGCUGUUAUUGGAUCUUGCAAAUGUAUCACCCGAGGAGUUUACAACAGUAAUUCUUCAAGGUAGUGGAACAUACAUGUUGGAAGCUGUUUUGCAGUCUGCAACACCACGAGAUUCAGGACAGGUGCUUGUUUUAGUCAAUGGUGCCUAUGGUUUGAGAAUAGAAAAGAUCUGUGAAAGAGUAGGCCUUCCGUAUGAGAGCAUACCAUUUCCAGAAGGAGAAAAAGUUGAUCCACAACAGUUGGAAUUAAUCCUCAGAAAUAAGAAGCAGCAAUUUAGCACUGUGGUGGUGAUUCACUGUGAGACAAGUACAGGGGUGAUCAAUCCUGUCAAAGAGAUUGGAUUGAUUGUAAGAAAGUAUUGUCCAGGUGCUGCUUAUAUUGUUGAUGGAAUGAGUAGUUUUGGAGCAAUACCACUAGAUUUCCAGGAUUCUCAAGUUGAUUACCUGAUAAGUUCAGCUAAUAAAUGUUUAGAGGGAGUGCCAGGAUUUUCUUUCUGUAUUGCACGCUUGGAGCACUUCAGGAAGUGCAAAGGAAAUGCACGUAGUCUCAGUUUUGAUUUAUAUGAUCAGUUUGAGGAAAUGGAGAGAACUGGACAGUUUCGGUUUACUCCACCAACCCAUGCUUUACUUGCCUUCCACCACGCUUUGAUGGAACUGGUGGAAGAAGGAGGGAUGAAAGCAAGGGGAAGAAGAUACCAUGCCAACUGUGAAAUCAUUAGAGAAGGAAUGAAGAAACUUGGUUUCAAAAAAUUGGUACCUGAUGCAGAAGAAUAUGAUGGUUUCAUCAUCACCUCUUUCUUAAAUCCUUCUGAUCCAAACUUUACCUUUGAUGAAUUUUAUCAGAGGCUACUUUUCUUAGGCCAAGUUAUUUAUACAGGAAAAGUUACACAAAAAGAUACAUUUCGUAUUGGAAACAUUGGUCAUUUGUAUCCUGAAGACAUGAACUAUCUUCUGAACUGCAUUGAAUGUGUUCUGAAGGAUAUGCAUGUUGCCAUUCCAGUUUCUUACUAA